UUGUCAUUGUCUCCAGUGAUUGAGAAAUGUUUUCAAUCGCUGACAGUCUUCGGCCACCAGUUGAGGGCACAAUGGCCACCAGUGAUGAGAACGACAUGAUGGAUAUGCUGGACAGUGACAAUUCGCAGUUACCAAUUGAGGUGAUAAUGCACAUAAUGUCGUACCUGUCGGUGUCGGAUCGAAUAUCAGCUGGAAGCGUGUGUAGACACUGGCAGGAGGCAUUGCUCAGUGCCAAAUUUGUUAAUCAUCAGGCACUUCUCAUCACUCGUGAGGAACAAAAUCUUCAGAAUGUCAUGAAUACCUUGGCAGUGUCCAACAGGCCGUUUUAUCAUUUCAUCUUCAAGGAGAUUGAAUUAAAACCUUCGUUACCCAUUUGGAGUAGAUUUGGGCCUAUUAUGCGCAGUUUGAUUAUGGUAUACUGUGACCUGAGUGAAAAAACUCUUGUCCACAUUCUGAAAUCCUGCAAGAACCUUCAGACCAUCCACAUAAACGCUUGCCGCGAGUGCCUUAUGUCAGGUCGUCUCUUGGACGACGAGAACGAUGUAAAAGAAAUUUCGAACAACCUUAAAUCCCUAGUGGAACUGAGUCUGGCGUCAAACAGAUACCUGAGUGAUGCUCUUUUCAACCGGCUGAUCUCAAUCUGCCCGAAUUUGGAGUCACUGAGCCUGACAGACUGCCAGAUCUCCUUCCACUUCGGCCUCUACAAGAGGUUCUACCCCUUGAGCUGUUCGAUAGACCAGGCCUCGGAGUCCAUUCUCACGUUCUUCAACGUCUUAAAAUACAUAAAAAAGCAAGCGAAGAGACUGAAACACCUGAGUCUGAGUCGAACGCUGAUAGACAACACAGCCCUGAGCACUAUAGCCACUAUGGAAGGCCUUCAGCUGCACUCGCUGAAGCUCAGAUCCUGCGAUCAGCUGUCGAUCUUUGGUCUGAGAACCCUGAUUCACCAGAGAAGCCUGAAAGUUCUGGAUCUGAGCUUCUGUAAACGUGUGACCGAUGCAAGUGUCCUCUGCAUCUGCCAGAAUCUGGAGAAUUUGGAGACACUCAACAUCAGGAGAUGUCGAGCUGUCACAAAUUACGGAAUCUGCCAGAUCAGGUGCCUGAAGAGGCUGAAGGAGCUGGACAUAUCUGAGUGUGAUCAGUUGACCGGUGGCUGCAUUACUCAGGGACUGUGUAAGCCCAACGGGCUAGAUGGCAUCAACGACGAGAAGCAGAUAUGGGAAUCAGAGAACAUUAACCCCAAUUCAGCGCAGAGUCACGCGGUGAUGGGGCAAGAUUCCUUCAACGAAAACCUGGAGAUUCUGUCAGCAAAUGCCCUGAACCUCGACGAAAAAGCGAUUGAGUCCAUUGCCGGCACCUUCAAGCAGCUCAAAUCCCUGGACAUUGGAUACUGCUUCAGUGGAGUCACUGAUAAAACUGUGCAGAAGAUCUUCAAAGAGCUGACAGCCAUCAGGAAAUUGAGGAUCAGCAGGUGCGACAAGGUCAGCGAUGCUGGUCUCACGGGCAUGGGAGCGGGGGCUAGGAGAGACGGGGAUCUUCCCAAAUGUUCGGCUGAUGUCAGCAAAGUACAGGAGAUGACUGGAGCCAAACUGAGGAUCCGUCUGGGCUCCAAGGUCGAGGAGGAGAUCGUCAGGGACGCCAACAGGAAAAGAGAGGUCAUGGAGAUGUGCGAGGACAGCGGAUUCAGUUGGGACUCUGAUAUUGCAUCUGGGUACUCGGUAUUGAGGCUCAGAGGGCUGAGAGAACUCGAUCUCGCGGGGUGCAACAGGGUUACUGAUGUUAGUCUAAAACAUGCGUUUAACUUUCCUGAGUUGAGGGUCCUCGAUCUCAGCAGGUGUCAGCAGAUAACACAUGUGGGGCUGGAUCACCUUACAAAGAACAACAAAGCUAUUGAAGAUCUAAAUUUAUCCCAGUGCCACAAUGUCACUGAUAAGGGGAUUCAGUACGUCGUGAAGAGGCUGCACAGGUUGAAACGCCUGCACCUUCAGAGCUGUACUGGAGUGACUGACCACUCUCUGGACGCCAUAAAACUCCACUGCAAGACCCUGCAGUACCUAGACGCCCGUUCUUGCCGAGGGAUUUCCGCGAUAGGCAUCGAGAGCCUUGUCCAUCGUUUCCACGUCAAAUACUCGGAUCAAUCGGAUGUCCUGGACCUCCGUGACGCUCCUGCAGCUCCUUUUCUACGUGGAUAAUCCUUCUCUCAGAUUUUUAUGCUGAAAUGGCGCACCAAAGAGCACUUACUAACGUGGGGAAACAUGGUCAAGGAAAUAAAAUUGUCUGUUUACUUAUCAACUGUAUUUACACAUAAAUUUAACAGCGUUGAAAUUUUUUACAUAUUUUUACGUCAGUAUUCACCAAUUACUGUAUUAAGAUAUCGUUAUCUAAUUCUAAAGUAUCUCUUUUUUCCAUUACACUGCUGACAUUUUUUGGAAAUCAAAUGAAAACGGAAUACUUUGAAUACAAUUUUUGGGUAGUUGACUUUCAGUGAAAAAUUGGAGGCUUGGAUUGGAUGUUAUAACAAUUCCAAGGAGAACAAAAUCAAUAUGUUAUUGAUCCAGUGUUAAUAAAUUCUAUCAUCUAAUGCAUUGCAAAAUGUGAUGAUAAAUGUUGACUAAUUAUGCCAAAUAUUGGAGCCAUUAACGAUCAAAUAAUUAUUUACACUCGAAAGAUUCGGGACAUCAUUUAAUCGGAAAAAAUGAUAAUUUUCUUCAAAUAAUUUUUAGAUUUUCAAAAGCUCCAUAUAUGGACGUAAAAAAGUACCAAAGAGUUUUUAUAAUUCUUCAUUUACUCUAUUGUCAUUCAUAUUUAAUAUUUAAUAUGCUAUAUUUCAUGUAUUUAUUUCAAACAUCUCCAAAACUCAUGACCAUUAACACAUUUAAUUAGAUAUUAUCUUUAAAAUAAUUCCAAAUUACAGCCCUAAUCCUAAAUUAUUGUGAAAAAAAAAGAUAUAAUGAGAUACAGCACCAUAACGAGGAUAAACAUGAAUUUCGAAUAAUAGAAUAAAUUUAAUCGAUAAUAUAAAUUACAAAUUCUCCGCUUGGUUGAUGCUGUAAUCACACAUAGCCUCAAAUGAAAAAUAUAUUUUUCAUACUACAACAAAUGUCUUUUCUUUAUUGACGGUAAAAAAAGAAAAUUACUAGCACUCGACAUAACCUGUACUUUUCAUCAGAAUUAUCUUUUUCUCUACCUUCUGAAUUAAAUGGCAAAGCCAAACCAAGUGGUUGUUUAUAAUUAGUGUAAAAUAAACGCAGAGGUACCUCCCAGCCCAACGAAAAAAAAUCUAAAAACAA